UUCCAAAAUGAAAUGAAUGUUGUUUGUAAUAUUCGCCGCUACCCACGCUAGCCAGUCAGGUCUGGGAGAAGCCCCGCUCACCUCCUCACUCGCCAAAAGUAGUCAAAUGUAUGCGAGUGGCAACCGCGGCGAAGAAGACCGGAAGGAAACGCCGGCGUCUCCUUUUGCGCAAGUGCAGGCAGACCUCUCUUAUUGGUCACCGCGGCUGGAGAUUGGUGCGCACAUGCGCUCUGCUGACCUGCCAGCUGGGUGUGAUUGAGGCGGCGGUGCACAACAGUGUUUAUCCGCGGACUGUAUAGCCAACCGUCAGGGUCGCAAGUAGUGGUGCCUACGCAGAAAGUCGGAAUAUUGCGCUGCCUCGUUCAGGGCCGGACGCUUACCCAACCUACUUGGAGCUUCAGAACCAUGGCGACAAAGGAGGCAGGAGAUGGUGAAGCAGAGUCGAGCCUUCCCUCAGCCAAUGGGAGGAAGCAAAUGUCUGAAAAACCAAACUAUGCUCUUAAAUUUACUCUCGUGGGACAUACGGAAGCAGUAUCAUCAGUUAAAUUUAGCCCUAAUGGAGAAUGGCUAGCAAGCUCUUCUGCUGAUAAAGUAAUUAUAAUUUGGGGAGCCUAUGAUGGAAAGUAUGAGAAAACACUUUAUGGUCACAGUCUGGAAAUAUCAGAUGUUGCCUGGUCAUCAGAUUCCAGUUGGCUUGUUUCUGCCUCAGAUGAUAAAACGCUAAAGAUUUGGGAUGUGAGAUCUGGAAAAUGUCUGAAAACGCUAAAGGGGCACAGUAAUUACGUUUUUUGCUGUAAUUUCAACCCACCAUCUAAUCUCAUCAUUUCAGGAUCUUUUGAUGAGAGUGUGAAGAUAUGGGAGGUGAAAACAGGAAAGUGCCUCAAGACUUUGUUUGCUCAUUCUGACCCAGUUUCUGCUGUUCAUUUUAAUUGUAGCGGGUCCUUGAUAGUAUCAGGUAGCUAUGAUGGUAUCUGUAGAAUUUGGGAUACUGCAUCAGGUCAGUGUUUAAAAACACUUAUUGAUGAUGAUAACCCUCCUGUCUCUUUUGUAACAUUUUCUCCAAAUGGUAAAUAUAUUCUAAUUGCAACCUUGGACAAUACUCUUAAACUGUGGGAUUACAGCAGAGGCAGAUGCCUGAAAACGUACACUGGCCAUAAGAAUGAGAAAUACUGCAUAUUUGCCAACUUUUCAGUUACUGGUGGAAAGUGGAUUGUAUCUGGUUCAGAAGAUAAUCUGGUUUACAUCUGGAAUCUUCAGACUAAAGAGAUUGUACAGAAAUUACAAGGUCAUACAGAUGUUGUAAUCUCAGCAGCUUGUCACCCUACAGAAAACAUCAUUGCAUCAGCAGCAUUAGGAAAUGACAAAACAAUUAAACUGUGGAUGAGUAACUACUAAACCCUUUAGAAAUCAAGUAGUAGAGCCAAGCUGGAAAAAAAAAAGUUAUUUAAAAAGAUGGUUUCCCCUUAAUUUUGGCAUAGUUUUGUAUUUCUUUUUAACAUUGUCUUACAAGAUUUCAGACCUAUAAUCUAAAUUUGUAAAGCAAGACAACUGGAAAAACAAGUCUAGAACCUAGGGCUUCUGACUUUUAAUCUGUUAUUAAUCUCUUAUGUCUCUUCCUGAACAGAUUCCCAUUCUGUUCCUUCCAGUGAGUAUUUUAGAGAAUCAGUGUACUUGAGAAAUAUUUAGAAGUAAGGUUCACAAGAUAGGAUGACUAUUAAGUGAGGAGAGCAAGGGAGUUUGGAAUAACUCCAGUGUUUCUGAUUUGGCAGAUCAGAUAGAUGAAUAAGAGCAUAAGCCUGGGAUAGUGGUGGAUUGGAGAUGUAUGAUGGAUGCUACUCACACACUUUAAGUGAUAGCCUAUGUGAUGGGGCAUGAAAUGGUUCCAUGGAAUCGAGUCUAUAAAUUGGGAAAAAUAAGUCAUGGUUAGGUUUGCUCUGAGAGUCUAAGAAUUUUAAGUUUUUAUCAAGAUAAAAACUAAAAAUAAACCAAAACAUUAUGUCAUUUUACUGAAGAACCUCUCACUACUUUAUGUGCCCUCGUGUUUAUCAAGCAAGCUAAAUGUCUGAAUGAGGUGAGGCUAUAUUCUCUUCCACUAUGUGUCUGACCUACUAACUCCUACCUGUGCUUCAAACAUGGUUCAGAAAUCACCACUUUGUGGACCAUCACUGCCUGCCUGACUCCAAUCACAGCUGACAGCUGAGUUAGGUUUUCUUGUUCCUUCCUAUAGCUUCUGUUAUAAAGUUCAGAAUAUAUCUUUUACCAAUUUGUAUUGUAAUGGUUUCACAGGCCAUGUUUCCAGUAAAUUAUGAACUCUGUCAA